AUGCUCAUCGGAAGAUGGGUUCUGUUUCUGUUGGCAACCAAAUACAAGGAUGUACAUAAUGCAAUCCAGAGAAUAAAGAAUUCGAAUGAUGGAACGGUAUGGAUUGAUGUUGAAAAUGUCCGAGGGAAGUCUGGAUUUGAAAUGGACCAUCAUGAGGUGUUGAACAAGACAAGUCGUUGGACAAAGCAUCAUGGACUUGAAGGAAAAGUCAUCGCAGUAGUUGAUCAUGGAUCAGAAACGACUGCAGUCUAUCUCAAUGAUCUUGAUAUAGCUGUAACAUUCUCGGGCCGAGAGAAGGCAGAUGACGUUAUUGCAAAUGCUGUUGGUCGUUUUGACGCAUCCAUUGUGGUGACGGCAGAUGGAGGCUUGCGAUCACGAUGCACGAGGGCGGGUGGGAAGAAUGUGAUCAACAUUGAUCCAGUACGAUUCAUCGAUGAUUUGGAAGCUACGUCCGAAGGAGAUUUGCCACACGAGAUGCAGAAUACAGAGCAAGAUUCUCCUGGAACAAGGAGUGAUAUGGAAAGAAGGAUGGAGGAGGAGAUCAAAAUCCGAGCGCAGCUGUUGGAUGCAGAAAUACAGUUAGGGAAGAAAAAGAAGGCAACGAACAAGAGAAAAAAGAAAUUGCAAGCGAAGAUUGCUAAUCUGCGAACGAGACUUGCGUCAAGAGGCAAAUCGCUGUUGCAUGAGAUGACUGACGUUUCCAUGAGCGAGACAGCUGAUCCAAUGGAGCAAGAGAAGCUGCUCGCACGGUGGCAAGAGCUACGACAAAAGUUUUCCCGUCGGGAACAAACAGGAGACAGAAUUAUAUUAGCAGAAUGGCUUCGACGCCAAUUGGUGACGUCGUCCGCUGCUUCAACAGAGUUUGCUGAAGCAGAACUAUCCCCUGCAAGGGCUUUUGUGAGGCACCUCAAUCAGGGCGAUCUGUCCAUAUCCCUUCAGAAUGAGGCUGAGAGCGAAGCUUCGAGUAAUCUUUCAAGCCAGCCGGGAGUUUCGACGUUUGAAUUGUUGAGCCAACAAAAAGACGACUAUGUCAAUCAGGACGAAGUCAAAAUGACGGUGGUUUCGGAUACGCAUGGCUUUGAAAGCCAGCUCACGAAUGACGGAACAGCAUCCACUCUUCUACCAGAAACCGACCUCCUCCUUCACCUUGGCGAUUUCGCUGUCGAUUCGUACAAGUCCAAAGAGAGAGGAUUGGAAGACUUUGACAAAUGGCUUGCUAUGCAACCACACAAGUACAAGAUUGUGGUUCGGGGAAACCAUGAUCCAUUGAAAUAUGACUUCCCUAUUUCAGGGGCUUGGUACAUAACAGAGCCGUGCACCGCAACAAUUGAGAAUCUGACGUUGGGUUUUGUUCCAUACGCCCCGGCGCGAAAGCUUGCAGCUUCUGGAAAGCUCCCGAAAGAAUGCGAUGUCUUUGUGUCGCAUAUUCCACCUUUCAAAGUGCUGGACAGAACACUCACCAAACAAAACGUUGGUAGUUCGUUCUUGUCAAAAGUUGUUCGUUCCAUGAAGGGAAAAGCUACUCCACGACUUUGGCUUUGUGGACACAUCCAUGAGGCCAGAGGCCAAAUGAAGCAAAAAUUUGGGGACUCUGUGAUAACAACUGUUGUGAAUGCUGCAAAUGCCAAUUCGGGGAGAGCUACCGGUGUAGUGCAUGGGCCCAUUACUAUUUGUAUUAAUACUACUGACUCUACUGAGAUCGGCAUUAAGGGGCUUGGAGAAAGGCAUAGGGGUCAGUUGGAGCCUAUACCUUCCCACUUUCAAAAUGACCAGCAGCGUGAAAAUGAGUUGCUGUUGGCUGUGGAUCUGGGACUGAAAACUGGGUUUGCUCUUUUCAACAAGCAAGGGCAACUACUGCGGUACGAACAACAUCUUUUCCACAAAGACAAAUUAGAUGAAGAAAUCAAGACCAUAGUAGACGGCUGGGAAUCUGAUAUGCAGGCAAUCGAAGCAAUCGGCAGUGAAGAACCUUUGACCGUUACAAAAAUUGCGGUAGAAGGAGGGGACAUUGCUAUCUUGAACGCAUGGGAAUCGGCAACCAAGGACGUCUCGAUAACUCGGAUAUCGCCUGAAGAAUGGCGUUUUCAUCUAUUGAGCGAGAAAGAGCGGACCUCUGGUGCGACAUCCAAAGCUGCAGCCAGGCUGAUAGCUCGUCAGGUGGUCAGUGAUUUUGGUAUCAUGGGCAAUCACCAAGGAAAGUUCAAGACGGAUGUAGCUGAAGCUGUUGUGCUGGGUUUCUAUGUAUGCAAAAAGCUUGGCUGGGUAACUCGGGAUCCAGUCGUUCGUCGAUAUACAAACGGAAAUGUUGUUGUACCAAGAUAA